CUAAUCAUUCAAUCUCAACUCUCUCUCUCUCUCUCUCUCUCUAGUCUGUGCAUGAUACUUGUCCCUCAAUUUAAUACAUCUUUCUCUAGAUCAAUCUCUUUUCUGACAAGUGAUCAAUAAGAAUGGAAGAACACAAAGUAGCAAGGUUUUCAAGUUGUCGUGGAGUUGCCUUCGAAAUUAAUCCGGAGAAAACAAGUCCAUUUUCAAUAGCAACUACUCCUGUAGUUGAAGCACCAAAAGAGCCGUCUAAUGCAACGUGGGUAUGGCUUCCAUGGACUCAAAAGACUUCUUUCAAGGUGUUUCCGACAUCUUUAACUGGAUCAUUUCAUAGAUCUCUAAGUCGACCUAGUAAUCAUUUCUGUGACUUAGAUGUCGACGACGAGGAUGAUCAUGAUGAUGAUACCAUUUAUGAGGAUGAAGAAGAAGUAGAUUUAGAGGUCUUCUUUGAAAAAGAUCUCGGGAAACAGAAUUCCGUUCUUAAGACUUCGUUUGGAUCCAAACCAUCCACCAAGAGACAAGAAUCACUUCUGAGGAAAUUACCACCCAAAAAACCUCAAUCUAGACUUUCGAUCAUUUUACUUGAUCAAGGGCUUUUUACCGUAUACAAACGACUGUUUGUUGUUUGUUUUACGUUAAAUAUUAUCGGAAUAGUUCUUGCUGCCAUCGGGGGUUUCCCAUAUGCAAAAGAGAAGGCUGCUCUCUUUUCUAUUGCCAAUAUUCUUGCACUUGUUCUAUGUAGAAGUGAAGCUAUAUUAAGGGUUGUCUUCAUGUUAGCAGUGAAGGUCUUAGGAAGGUCAUGGAUCCCGGUACAAAUAAGAACCGCAACAACUUCUUUUCUUCAAUGCCUUGGAGGAGUACACAGUGGUUGUGGCGUUUCUGCCAUUGCGUGGUUGAUCUUCGCUCUAAUUCUGACCCUAAAUGAUAGAAACAACACUUCUUCAGAGAUCAUUGCUGUUGCUUCUUCCCUUUUAUUUCUCAUCGGUCUCUCUUCCUUAGCAGCAUUUCCUCUUGUUCGCCAUCUCCAUCAUAACGUUUUCGAAAGAACUCAUCGUUUUGCUGGUUGGACAUCCCUCCUUCUCGUAUGGAUCUUCAUCGUUCUUACCAACUCUUACAAUCCUGCUCAAAAAACUUACGACUUCAGUUCAUCCAGAUUCAUCAAAACUCAAGAAUUUUGGUUCACGUUAGUCAUCACUAUUGUUAUCAUUCUCCCAUGGCUAACGGUAAGACGGGUACCCGUAAUGAUAUCUACUCCUUCAAAUCACGCAUCCAUAAUCAAGUUCGAAGGAGGAAUAAAGGCGGGAAUCCUCGGGAGAAUUAGUCCAUCACCGUUCUCCGAAUGGCAUGCAUUUGGAAUCAUAUCAGAUGGAAAGAAUGAACAUAUGAUGUUAGCUGGUGCAGUUGGUGAUUUCACCAAAACCUUGGUUUCAAAUCCUCCAAGUCAUGUAUGGGUCAGAGGAGUUCAUUUUGCUGGUCUUCCGUACCUUGUCAACAUGUACGAAAGAGUUGUGUUAGUAGCAACAGGAUCAGGAAUCUGUGUGUUUUUAUCAUUCCUCUUGCAACCAUCCAGAGCUGAUGUUUGCGUAGUUUGGGUUGCUAAAGGAAUCGAGCAGAAUUUUGGGAAAGAGAUACAACAAAUGAUGAGCGGGUUUCCAAAGGACAAGGUUAUUGUUCAUGAUACGGCAGUUCUUGGUCGGCCGAAUGUAGCUAAAAUGAGCAUCGAUGCCGCGAAGAAAUGGGACGCUCAGGUUGUGAUUGUAACUAGCAAUCCUGAAGGCAGUAGGGAUGUUGUGGAUGCAUGCAAAGGUGCUGGAAUUCCUGCUUUUGGACCUAUUUGGGAUUCUUGAUUAAUACUCCGAAGGUGCAGUAGUAUAAAAUUAGUUAAAUAAUUACUUGAAAUCUAUGAUCAGCUCAUUCAUGGGACCAAAACAAAUUGUAUCAGGAAUCUUUCUUUUUUUUUGAUCAUACUACAACUUAUGUGUAUAAUAAUAAUAUAUGUGAUGGAAAUUAAAUAAGUACACAUACGCUAAUUAUAUAA